GACUGGAGAGCGUCAGUCAGUAGCAGAGCUUCACGCAGACCGCUAGAAGACUCUACAAAAGAGAAAAAGUUACAUGCUCGUCGCUGACAGUGAGUGCUGGAUCUUAUCGUAUGAGGAGAUAAAUCCCAUUCAUCGCGUUUUUCAUGAUAAACUUGUAUUCAUCAAUCGAACAAGGAGGUUUGUUGAUUUGACAAGAAAUCCUCCAAACCAGGACAGCUGAGUGGACUAAAGCCAGCAGAGGGGGGUUUGGGGAGAAGGAAGGGAAGAGGGAUUUGGGGCUAAUCCUGGACAUGAUCAAUCCUUAAGGAGCCUCCCUCAAGACACACUAUUGCCCCUGAUUAUUACAUCUAAUUUACUGUAUUUUAAAGACACCUUUAUCUCCCCCGGGGGGUUCCUGUAUAGCGGGGUCGCUGGAUUUGCGUAUCUCUCAAAACAAAGGAUCAGGAGCAGAGGCCAGUAGGAGUGGAAGAGUAUGAGGACCGAGUGGCUCCGCUCAGCAUAUGAGUACAUGUGCAGGGAUAAAGCAACAAGCCUGUCUGGAGGGUUUGGGAUUGAGCCAGACUCACACAGCAGCAGGGUGCAGGGCUGAGGUCACUGAAUGAACUUGGAUUAAGAAAGCAUACAGUCACACUGAUUAGACAAAGGGUUGAUUCAGAACUUGUAGCAGCAGACCUUCUGGACCUUACUGAAGAAGGAGUACAUGGUCUCAGUUCUUAACCACAUAGAUAUAUGCAGCUAAAGCUGAAUUUAUUUCUGAGCUGAUUUUUUCUUCCCAGAACAACUGUAAAGCCCAGAAUCUCUGACCACAUAUGCACCAGAGGUUUUCAGGAAUUGGAGACAUGCAUAUUUUCAGCUCACAUUUAUCUUCACUGAAUCUUUCUGGAUAUGAACAAAGACCAGUGGCAAAAACGGGACACAGCUGAAAGUGUCUACUUUUUGAAAAACUGUAAGAAGAAACAUUACAAUCAACUGCAGCUUUCAAAUGUUUUAUUCUGUGUAGUUCUGAUGCAAGGGUGAAACGAAUAUAUUUGGAUACCUUUCUCACCAUUUUUAGAUAGGUUUUGUAUUGUGGACGGUAGUACCUACAAUUUCUACCUGGAGAAACCAUGAACUUGGGCAAGCUCUCUGGCCUGAAGGGUCUGGUGUCCCACUCCUCAGGAAAGCGUCGCUUUAAAGGUGACCUCACUCCGGACAUGAUCAGCCCCCCACUGGGUGACUUCCGCCACACCAUGCAUGUGGGCCGCGGAGGGGACGUGUUUGGGGACACUUCGUUCCUCAGUAACCAUGGUGGAGCAGGAAGUAAUGCAGAUGGAGACACUUCCUCCACCUCAGAGAAGAAUGAAGGUUUCUUCUCCCGCACACUUCGCCAUGUCCGCAAGACCCCAAACAAGCCCUGCGUUGGCUCAAAGGACCUGUCACCCCCACCUCCUCCCAUUUCUCCAAUCAUAAAAAAUGCCAUCUCCCUCCCCCAUCUGGACGUGGACUCACCCAACGGUUGUCCUGUUAAAGUACUUUUCCCUAGUUCACCCAAAACACCAGAGACAUCCACAUACUUGUAUGGUUUGGAGUCUGGCUUUGUCACCUUGCCAAGGCUGUCUCGCACUGAGCAUCCAGCCCAGGGCAGCCCUCCCCCAGCCUGCCCUCCCGAAAUCCACCGAGGCUCGCUUAUGGACACUGGUGUCCCCUCCUUUCCCUGUUCAGACUCAGUCAGUCUUGCUGACUCCAUGAACUCUUUCACCUUCGAUCUGGGUCCCUCCCUUAUGUCUGAAGUCUUUGCCUUAAUUGACAGCCCUAUGUCGGAAAAGGGCGACCCUGUCAGUGAAAAGACACAUGAGGCCAGUCCCUCAUUUGGACUGACUGAUGAUCUGAACUCUGAAGUGGACUCCUAUGCAACCAUGUCAUUGGUGGACUCCCUCCUGCGAGAAGACAAUGAGGGCAGGACACGAUUGUAUGGUGGAGAGUGGAAGCAUUCAGACUUUGUAAAUGGUGAGUCACCAAAAAAGUCCAAAGUGAGGGAUCUGAUGUGUUCCUAUGAUGUUGAAGAUCAUGGCAUGGAGCCAGAGAGUUUCAAGAGGGCUGCUGAUGUUCUGGCACGUCAUUAUGGGAGUGAAGGACUCAGGAAUACAAACACCAACAACUCUUUCAGGGGAGUAACAUACACGUACCUUGAUGAGGAAGACGAGAUCAAAGUCUAACAC